AUGACACGCUUCCGCCCUUGCAUAGACCUCCAUGCUGGCGCUGUGAAGCAGAUCGUUGGUGGUACUCUGACUACUGACGAUGCUGGAUUGAAAACGAACUUCACAUCAGAGCAUCCAGCAGCAUACUACGCUAGUCUGUAUCGAAAGCAUGAGCUUGAGGGCGGCCAUGUCAUUAUGCUCGGCCCCGGAAACGACACUGCGGCCCGUGAAGCUCUUUUAGCUUGGCCAGACGGGCUUCAGGUAGGUGGUGGUAUCAAAGACAGCAAUGCUGCAGACUGGAUCAAUGCUGGUGCCGAAAGGGUCAUCAUCACAUCUUUUCUGUUCCCUUCUGGAGCCUUCAGCUUAAAACGUCUUCAAUCUGUGCUCAAGACAUUGGGUGGCGACAAGAACAAGCUUGUUAUAGACUUGAGUUGCCGACGAGUAGGAGACGGCUGGAGAGUAGCCAUGGACAGAUGGCAGACGAUCACGAACUUCGAAAUUAACCAAGAGAACAUCGCCAUGCUUGAGCCAUACUGCAGCGAGUUUCUGAUCCAUGCUGCUGAUGCCGAGGGCUUGCAAGCAGGGAUUGACGAGAAACUGGUAUCCCACCUAGCGAGCAUAUGCACGAUACCGGUGACAUAUGCUGGAGGAGGCCGCAACAUCGAAGACUUGGAGCUGGUAAAGCGCUUGAGCCAGGGUAAGGUGGACCUGACGAUCGGCAGCGCUCUCGACAUUUUCGGUGGGCAAGGCGUGACCUUCCAUGAGUGCUGCGAAUGGAAUAUGCGGCAAAAUUGA